AUGCCCGCCCAUCAAUAUUACUACCAAACCCCGGGCCAUAACAUCGCUGCGGGCGUCGUUCUCUCCUCCAUGGUCCUGAUUGUCGUUGGGGCGAGAUUCUGGACGCGACUGUGGUACAGGCAGGGCAUUAAAGCCGAUGACCUCUUGAUCAUACCAGCUACUGUCCUGACGGUAGCUACGGGCAUUCUCAUCGUCUACGGAACCGCCCACCAUGCCAUCGCUCAUCGCACCGAGAUCCCCGCCGAACAUGCAAAGAAUCCACUGGCAGUUCACUCGGACCAGUUGACUCUGACGUCCAAGAUUGAAUACCCAAUCUCGGUGAUGCUCCCGGUAAUAUUGGGCUGCACCAAACUCAGCUUCCUGUUGUUCUACAAGCGCAUCUUUGCGGCUCGUAGCAGGGGAGCCGUCAACAUGGUCCUCGUCGGAUUCAUGGUGCUCAUCGGCCUGUGGACGGUGGCGUUUUUCUUCGCCACAGUCUUUUAUUGCAAGACCAACUUCUUUGCCAUUUGGGGCUCGGCACUGGACCUGAUGACCUUUUGCACCAAGGGCAUGCUCAGGUCAUUGGCGCUGUGUAUAUCCGACUUCAUCACCGACGUCUUCAUUAUUGUCUUUCCGAUUCCGUUGAUAUAUCGGUUGGAACUCUCGCCAAAGAAGAAAGCUGCGACGGCUGGGAUAUUCCUCCUUGGCGCGGUAACUGUUGCAACCUCUCUCGCGCGAAUGAUUACCACCAUACGCAUAGUCAAGGCUGGUUUCGACCCGAAUGAGGAUGAAGUUUUCGUCAUUACGACGUGGGUAUACUGGGGGAUGGUGGAAUGCAGCACGGGUAUUCUGGCGGCUUGUCUUCCCACUUUGUCCUUCUUCACCAGGUCGGUCGUGUUCGAACGGCCGUGGGACACGCUUGCCAGUGCGUUUGGUACCAGGCCUCGAAGCUCUCCGGCUAGAGAUGAUAGUCUUUCAGAAAGAAUUCGGGAGGAGGCCACAUUGCCAUACAAGGCCGGGCAUGGUGGCGCCGUCCAGGCACACUCCAAGCCAAGGCCUUCACAUGACACUACCGAGGAGGCCUAUGAGAUGACGAAUGGACGGCCCGUGUGA